AUGCCUUCAACCAAGGUGACAAGAAUCAAUUCGGCCGGCCCUUCAAUCGAGGAGUUGGACUCGAUCGAACUGGCAGACCACGGCAACCUGAGUGGCAAAUCUUCAUACGAUGUGCAUGUCACGCCCACUGGACUACAGACUCCCGAGGAAGCCUACACGCCUUGCUACAGCACAGAACGACUCGCCAAGACACCAAAUGAGCUCGAAUGCAGCCAGCCUCCGACGCCCAGGCAGGCCACAGCCACGGGUGUGCUACCAUCUUUCUUCUACCCAAGCAUGAACAAGUGGAGAGUGCUUGCGGCCUGCUUAAUCUACUUCUCGAACGGCAUGAGCGAUGCGGCGCCCGGAGCUUUGAUUCCGUACAUUGAGAAAGGCUAUCAUAUCGGCUAUGCUAUUGUCUCCUUGAUCUGGGUAGCGAACGCCGUCGGAUUCAUAUCGGCCGCCUUCAUCACGGAUACGAUCAAUGGUCGGCUCGGCCGAGCGAAGACACACAUGAUGUCCGAGGCAUUGAUGAUGGUAGCGUACGCCAUCAUCGUUGGUGGUCCGCCUUUUCCUGUCGUCGUCGUGGCUUUUCUACUGAUGGGCUUCGGCAAUGCGAUCAACCUUGCUCUCAACAACGUCUUCUGCGCCAAUUUGGCCGAUUCCACUGUAAUCCUGGGGCUGGCUCAUGGUUCUUACGGUAUCGGUGGCAUCGUCGCGCCUCUUAUUGCAACAGCCAUGGUCUCGAAUGGAAUCUUUUGGGCACGCUAUUAUCUGAUUACUCUUGGUCUCCGGGUCCUUUGCUUUGCAUUCGCGGGAUGGUCGUUCUGGAAUUAUGAGAAAGAGGGCACGACUCAGUUCGCGAAUAGCUUGCAACAGAUGGCGAGUAGGCAAGCCGCAGAGGAGCUCGGCGCGCCAAGCGCUAUCAAACUCCUUGGGAGGGCUCUCAAGAAUAAGACGACCAUCAUUGGAGCGCUGUUCAUCUUCGCUUAUCAAGGAGCUGAAGUCAGCGAGUCCGGAUGGUUUAUCUCCUAUCUCAUCGACUACCGUAACGGUGAUCCGGCAAAGGUGGGCUAUGUCACAUCUGGCUUCUGGGCUGGAAUCACCCUUGGGCGCUUUACACUCACCCAUUUGGCUCCUAUCAUCGGCGAGAAGCGCUUCGUGUACAUAUUGGGCGCUGGUUCUAUGGCAUUUCAGGUAAUGGCAUGGACGAUACCGAACAUUAUCGGGAACGCAGUCGCAGUAUCCAUUCUCGGACUUCUCCUUGGACCGGUCUACCCCUGCGCCCAGACUGUCUUCACCAAGCUUUUACCAGGAAACCUGCAAAUGAUUGCUAUUAGCUUCAUCGCGAGCGCAGGAUCAAGCGGUGGAGCUGUUGUUCCGUUUCUGACUGGCCUGAUCGCUCAGAGCGCUGGAACAUUCGUCCUCCACCCUAUAUGCAUAGGGUUCUUUGCUCUGAUGCUGGUUUGCUGGACGAUUCUGCCAAAAGUGCAGAAGCGGGUGGAAUAA